AUGUCUUCAAAUAUCACUACUUCCCUCCUUAUGCUGGAGUACUCCGGCGUCGCCAACUUGCAUGCCGAAGUCAUUGGUGCAAACCCUACAGCCACUACAUUUGUCUUGAACUGCGAAAAGCCCAAAAACAAGGAGACAUGGGAUAUAGAACUGAACGAGUGUUAUGUCACUGAUGACACUAUCGUUGUCGGCCCUUGGGCUGAUAAGACACCUGCGCCUGGAGCUGUCACAACUGGAGUUUGGAGAUAUCACAACGUCGUGGAUGACGAAGACUGGGGUUAUUCAUUCUCUAUAGAAUGCGAAAUGGAUUAUACGAUGCCUCAAGUCUGCACCACAACAAACUUCCCUUCCUUCUCCAGAGACGAUCAGACAGGCCCUACAGCGACUUUCACCAAACAUGGCGGUACAACAGUUGACUUCUUUUUCUAUGCCGGUUGGGGACAUUUCGAUUGGACCCCUGUAACUGUCACAGCUGGCCAGGAAUAUCUUUUGGCAACAAAGACUGCUCCUUCUACAAACGCUACUGUCACAAGCGACGUGUCAGGAGUGGCCCGGGCUGCGGAAGCGACGACUACUCCGGCUGUAACUACUAGAAUCAACAGUGCUGAUGAAGACUUGAUCACCGCAACUGGUGAAGCCACGUCUACGAAGACUUCAGGCAGUGGUACAAGCACUACCCGAGCUUUGAGUCUCUGUGCAGCAGUGGGAUUAGUUGUGGCAGUGCUCUUUUAG